AAAAUUUCAAAAUACCCAUCUUAGUUGAGAAAUUAGGAGUAAGAAAGAAGAAAGUAAACCAAAACAAGUGAGAUCGCCUGUUAGAAGGCAAAACCAAACCAGAUCUAUAAACCAUUUUCUCUCUCCUCUACUCAAUAUCAAAAUCCUCUUCAUUCACCCUUCCAUCUUCCGCCAUUUUUGUAUUAGAUCUGAGCUAACAUACCUCAAUCUCACAUUCUCCAUUCAAUCAAUUCUAGGGUUUCAAAAUCUCUUUGAUCCUCAAACAAUUUUUUUCGAUCUGAAUUCACCAUUAUUAUUAAGAUCACUUUUAGUUUUAGCCAUUGUUGUGUUAAUUGAUUGCAAUUCUUUUGAAACCCUAACAUUUGAGUGAUAAUGUUGACGAAAUUUGAGACGAAGAGUAAUAGAGUGAAAGGACUGAGUUUCCACCCUAAGAGACCAUGGAUCUUGGCGAGUUUACACAGCGGUGUGAUCCAAUUGUGGGAUUAUCGUAUGGGAACUCUCAUUGAUCGUUUUGACGAGCAUGAUGGACCGGUUCGCGGUGUCGAUUUUCACAAAACUCAGCCUCUUUUUGUUUCUGGAGGAGAUGAUUACAAGAUUAAAGUAUGGAACUACAAACUGCAUAGAUGCCUAUUUACUCUUUUAGGACACCUUGACUACAUACGUACUGUCCAAUUUCACCAUGAAUCUCCUUGGAUUGUCAGUGCUAGUGAUGAUCAGACUAUAAGGAUAUGGAACUGGCAGUCACGUACUUGUAUAUCUGUGCUGACUGGACACAAUCAUUAUGUUAUGUGUGCCUCCUUUCAUCCCAAGGAAGACCUAGUAGUUUCUGCUUCUCUGGAUCAGACAGUUCGUGUUUGGGACAUUGGUGCCUUGAGGAAGAAAAGUGUUUCUCCUGCAGAUGACAUCAUGCGGUUGAGUCAGAUGAAUACAGAUCUGUUUGGCGGUGUUGAUGCUGUCGUGAAGUAUGUCUUGGAGGGUCAUGAUCGGGGAGUUAACUGGGCUUCUUUUCAUCCAACUCUCCCUUUGAUUGUGUCUGGUGCUGACGAUCGUCAAGUUAAAAUCUGGCGUAUGAAUGAUACAAAAGCUUGGGAAGUGGACACCUUAAGAGGGCAUAUGAAUAAUGUUUCUUGUGUUCUGUUCCACUCUAGACAGGAUAUCAUUGUGUCAAACUCUGAGGACAAAAGUAUUCGUGUAUGGGAUGCUACUAAGAGAACUGGUCUUCAGACAUUUAGGAGGGAGCAUGAUCGUUUCUGGAUUCUUACAGCACAUCCUGAGAUGAACCUUCUGGCUGCUGGUCAUGACAGUGGAAUGAUUGUCUUUAAGUUGGAAAGGGAGCGCCCUGCUUUUGCAGUUAGCGGUGAUCUUGUAUAUUAUGUAAGGGAUCGUUUCCUACGGGUCUAUGAGUUUUCAACCCAGAAAGAUGCCCAAGUCAUCCCCAUACGUAGACCUGGUGCCAGCAUACUCAACCAAAGCCCAAGAACUCUUUCUUACAGUCCUACCGAAAAUGCAAUUUUGAUUUCUUCUGAUAUAGAUGGUGGUUCUUAUGAACUUUAUAUAGUACCGAAAGAUGGCUGGGGUAGGAGCGAUAUGGUACAAGAGGCAAAGAGAGGUCUUGGCAGUUCAGCAGUUUUUAUUGCAAGGAACAAAUUUGCUGUAUUGGAGAGGAGCAGCAACCAAGUAUUAGUGAAGAACCUGAAGAAUGAGAUUGUGAAAAAGGUUGUCCUUCCUGCUAUAACUGAUGCUAUAUUCUAUGCAGGAACUGGAAACCUUCUCUGUAGGGCUGAGGAUAGAGUGCUAGCGUUUGACCCUCAGCAGAGGCUUGUGUUUGGGGAACUUCAAACUUCUUUUGUGAGAUAUGUUGUGUGGUCAAAUGACAUGGAAAGUGUUGCUUUGUUGAGCAAACACUCGAUAAUCAUAGCCACCAAGAAACUUGAGCAUCGAUGCACGCUUCAUGAAACAAUCCGUGUGAAAAGUGGAGCCUGGGAUGAUAACGGUGUUUUCAUCUACACAACUCUUAAUCACAUAAAAUACUGUCUACCUAAUGGGGACAAUGGUAUCAUUCGGACUCUUGAUGUUCCCUUGUACAUCACUAAAGUGACAGGGAACACCAUAUUUUGCUUAGAUCGAGAUGGGAAAAACCGUGUUAUAUCUAUAGAUUCAACAGAAUACUUUUUCAAGCUUUCCCUCUUGAGGAAGAGAUUUGAUCAGGUAAUGGGCAUGAUUAAGCGCUCUGAGCUUUGUGGCCAAGCCAUGAUUGCUUAUCUUCAGCAGAAAGGCUUUCCAGAAGUUGCUCUUCACUUUGUCAAGGAUGAGAAGACUCGCUUUAACCUGGCCUUAGAAAGUGGUAAUAUUGAAGUAGCUGUUGCUUCUGCGAAUGUCAUUGAUGACAAAAACCAUUGGUAUAAGUUGGGCGUUGAGGCCCUUCGUCAGGGCAAUGCAGACAUUGUGGAGUAUGCUUAUCAAAAGACAAAGAACUUUGAGAGGCUGUCAUUUCUCUAUCUCGUAACUGGAAAUACAGAGAAAUUGUUCAAAAUGCUGAAAAUUGCUGAAGUAAAGAAUAAUGUAAUGGGUCAGUUCCACAACGGUCUUUAUCUAGGUGAUAUUCAAGAGCGGGUAAAGAUUCUAGAAGCUGCUGGACAUCUACCCCUUGCUUAUAUCACUGCCAAAGUCCAUGGGCUUGAUGAUGUUGUUGAGCGUCUAGGUGCUGAACUCGGGGAUGACAUUCCUGAAAUUCCCAAGGGAAAGUCACAAUCUCUCUUGAUGCCACCAAGGCCUAUAAGCUGUGGUGCUAAUUGGCCUUUGUUGACUGUCAUGAAGGGAAUGUUUGAUGGUCUUGAUUAUGUAAGAGAUGCACAGGAUGAGGAUGAAGAAGUUGCAGAUACCUGGGCUGAGGCCUUGGAGAUUGUUGAUGAGGACACGACAAAUGGAGUUAUUAUUGCUGAUUCAGAAGAAGAGGAUGGGAGACAACAAGAUGAUGAGCCAGGAUGGGAUCUUGACUUAGACCUUCCUCCUGAGGUUGAAACUCCUAAGCAGAUCAGUAAUGGGCGUUCUCAAUUUGUUGCGCCUACCCCAGGAAUGCCUGUGAGCGAGAUAUGGACCCAAAGAUCGUCACUUGCUGCUGAAUGUGUUGCAGCUGGCAAAUUUGACACUGCUAUGCGUUUGCUUACCAGGCAACUGGGAAUAAAGAAUUUUGCCCCAUUGAAACCGCUGUUCAUUGAUCUAUUCUCUGCCAGCCAUUCUUACCUCCUUGCCUUUGCUUCUGCUCCUGUAAUUUCUGUGGCACUGGAGAAGGGAUGGAACGAGUCAUCGAGUCCUAAUGUGAGGGGUCCACCUGCUCUUAUCUUUAGUUUCUCUCAAUUAGAGGAAAGGCUGAGAGCUGGUUACAAAUUAACAACUGCUGGGAAGUUGAGUGAGGCACUACGGACCUUUAUUAACAUACUUCAUACGCUUCCAUUGAUUGUGGUUGAUUCGAGAAGAGAGGUUGAUGAAGUGAAGGAGCUAAUCAUCAUAGUGAAGGAGUAUGUUCUGGGAUUGAAGAUGGAAUUAAAGAGGAGGGAGCUGAAAGACAACCCAGUUCGACAGCAGGAAUUGGCUGCUUACUUUACUCACUGUAACCUUCAGGUACCUCAUGUAAGACUCGCUUUGCUAACUGCUAUGUCAAAUUGCUACAAAGCUGGAAAUCUGAGCACGGCUGCCAAUUUCGCCCGCCGACUCCUGGAAACCAACCCUACCGUUGAAAACCAAGCCAAGACAGCACGACAAGUACUCCAGGCUGCCGAGAAAAACAUGAAAGAUUCAACCCAGUUGAACUAUGAUUUCAGGAACCCAUUUGUGAUUUGUGGGGCAACUUAUGUACCUAUUUACCGAGGUCAGAAGGAUGUCUCAUGUCCUUAUUGCAGUUCCCGCUUUGUUCCAGCUCAGGAAGGCCAGAUUUGUGCUGUUUGUGAUCUCGCAGUCAUUGGAGCUGAUGCAUCUGGCUUACUUUGUUCCACUGCGCAGAAAAGGUAGGAUGACUGGCUGUGUGGAUGAAGUUGUUUUACUCCCCGGCACUAGAGUUGAAUCUCCUAGAUGCAGCUUCUGCACGAGAGGUAGAAAUUCGAAUUGAGUCUAGUUUCUUGAUAUGUCCGGCCUUUUUCUGAUGGUAUAUUUUCUCUUUGCUCCUUAAUCUUCUUUUCUUUUUUCAACUUUUCCCCCCUUUUGUCACAUAUAUUAUCAUACCUGGUCUCUGUUUUUAGCUGUUUCAAGUCUCCACUGUGAUUUUGUGCAAUAAACUUUGAAGCAUUCUUCUUAGGUUAUUCUUUGGAUUUGAGAUUUAAUGUCCUGUGGGCGGGAAUUAGGUACCUACCAUUAGUUGUACCAAAUUUGAAGGGUUUUAUAUCCAACUUUAUUGUCACAAUAGAUUUUUUCUUCACAUCAAAGUUACUGUUAUAUUGCAAUGUACUAAUAGAUUUUGUAUAUCCGUGAUGAUAUUCAUUUUCUUCAUCUGCUUUA